GGGCGCUGGAUGCCGACGCGAUGGAAGAGAGAGAGACCGCGUACGCCCAACUCAUCACAGCAGAGCCUGAGUUCCUGGUGUCGGAGAUAACUCCGCAGGACGAGUUCUUGGUGCUGGCCUGCGACGGUGUGUUUGACGUUCUCACGAGCGAGGAAGUCGUCGCCAACGUCUACGAGAAGAUGAAGAUACACGCGGACGCUCAAAGGUGCUGCGAGGACCUCACCGAGAAAGCCAUCGUGGAGAGAAGGACAAGAGACAAUGUCAGCCUCGUCCUCCUUGUGUUCAACAAGUGGUUCUGAAUUUGGUUCUGGUUCCGGUGCUGGGUCUGGUUCUGAAUUUAGUUCUCGUUCGCUACGGUGUCGCUUGGAGUGGUUGCCGCUUUCUGAGGCACUGCUGUGAUGUCCCCCCCCCUGCCCUCCGAGAGUGUGCCCAAGGAUAUGUUUUCGAACCACCUGUUUCGGUUCUAACAUCGAUUGGGUUCUUAGUGUGUGGUCACUGUCUUGACUUGCACCCAUCGUGCGAAAACUAAGACUAUUAAGGGUUAGUCCCAGGGUAGCCUUUCUUGUCGUGGGUCCUGGCAGUACUUCUUCGUGUCGUAAUUUGAUUUUUUAGUGUUGUUCUGCUGGCUCGCUUUGUUGUGUUGAACGCGAUUCAGUGAAAUGAAAUAUCAAAAUAAUGUGAUUUGGUUUCGGACUGUGGUUGGCAUGCCCUACUGUAGCACAUACAACUACAAGAACCUCUUGCGGUUAGAUUUGGCGGUGUGUCCAAAAAAACGAUCGACGGGCGACGGUAGGCAGCAGAGUCUGUUUCGUUCGUGAUGACAUUUUUUUUUUUGGUACAUAUGUUCUAAAAGAAAUGGUCGAGACUGCUGGCGUUUCAGCCGGCGGCCGGCUCAGGUCGUUUUCGUCUGUUGUGGCUAGACUAGUGUUGAAUAAGGGCUUUCGGUCGGGGCUUGAUGUACUCUAUUGUUUUCCUUUCUUUGUUCCUCCCGUUUGCGGGCUAUGUUUUUCAUGGUGUUGUUUUUUCUUUUCUGUAACCUUCGCCUUGAUCGACCACGAAUACUAUGCACUGCGGGGGCUGCUGUCUCACUGCCGUUGUUCGAACUAUUGCUGCUGCUGCUGCUGCGGCGGCGGCGGCUCUCCCAGUGUUUUGUCCUUUGUGUUCCGACGUCUGUGUUGGGGACGACCCGGCUUCUGGCGAACAGUCUCCUCUUCGGCCAGCAGUGGUCCGCAUCCAUCCGCGUGCGUAUGUGCACACCCGCCGUCCGUGGGGAGGCCGAUUUUUACACGAUAUUAUUAAUGAAUUGUUUCUGGUGGCGUAGGCGCGUGCGUGCGUAGUAGUAGGUGAAGUGAUGAUGGUAGUGACGUAUACGUGCGGUAUUUUGCAGAUAAGUUAACAUGGUAUAAUGAAAUAUAUACCAGGUAUUUCUUUUCAAAGGUAGUCCUCUCGGGAGGGUGUUAGUGAAUUAUUCAAGUGUUGCAUGGGGGCGGGGCGGGAGUCGGGGUCAGGGAUCAUAGCAUUCUGGCAGCAGAGUGAGUUAGUUGGGUUUGUACGCAUGGCGACUACUUGGCGGUCGCAUACUAGAUUGAGCAGAGCGUGGUCUGAUCGCGCACGCAGGCUGUGUGGACGAAGCUCUGCAGCCUUGUUUGUUUUACCUGUUGAUGUCUUUCUCUUGCAGUCGACCCCGCUUUGAGGACGCUCGCGUUAAGG